AUGUCUUUCUUUCGACGGUCUGUUCGCGAAAAGAAAGAAGAUUCUGCAACAUCUUCGAGCAACGAUGUCUUUUCUUCGCACGAGAUAGUGUCAACCACAGGCGACCUGAAAUUUGUGGUUGAACAGGGCUGCAAUGGAUCGCAACCAUCUUACCAAGAAGUGUCUGGUGCGCCCGUCGAGACCAAAUCUUCUCUCGGAUAUGCUGUUGGACCCGCGACAAUUGUCUUGAUUAACGUUGGCAAGAUGAUCGGAACCGGUGUCUACUCGACGCCGGCGACUGUACUAAAAGGUACCGGCUCUGUUGGAACCAGUCUAAUCUUUUGGGCUCUGGGGCUCCUUACGUCCGGUACAUCGCUUGCAGUGUAUCUUGAGUAUGCAUCCUACUUCCCGAAUCGAUCGGGCUCAGAGGUCGUGUACUUGGAGCAAGCUUUUCCGCGACCAAAAUACUUUUUCCCCAUUGCCUUCGCUGUCCAGACAGUGAUUUUGUCGUUCAGCAGUGGCAACGCCAUUGUCAUGGCUCAGUAUCUAUUCAAGAUAGGAGACCACACGCCUUCUGCCUGGGAGAAAAAGGGCGUCGCCAUUGCUUGUUAUACGUUGGUCACAUUGUUAUUGAUUUUUCACACCAAAACCUCUUACCGUAUAUCCAAUGCCAUUGGCAUGAUCAAAGUUCUGACAUUAGUGUUCAUCGCCAUCACUGGACUUGUUGUUUUGGGUGGCCACACCAGAGUCCAAGAUCCAGGAGCGAACUUUAGACAUGCGUUUGAAGGCAACGCGACUGGAUACGGCUUGACAAACAGUCUGGUCAAGAUCAUUUUCUCAUAUGCCGGCUAUGAGAAUGCCUUCAACAUCGUUAACGAGAUAAAAAAUCCUGUAAAGACGAUCAAGAGAAAUGCAUCAUACUCUCUGAUCAUUGUGACAGUGCUGUAUAUCCUUGCGAAUGUUGCUUACUUUGCGGCUGUACCAAAAGCCGAUAUCAAGGCGUCAGGUGUGACGGUUGCAAGUCUUUUCUUCACCAAUGUCUUUGGUCAUGCCAAGGGCGUCAAAGUCUUCAACCUGCUUAUUGCUCUGAGUGCAUUUGGAAACCUGAUUGCCGUGCAGAUUGGACAAUCUCGUCUCAUUCGAGAAUGCGGAAGACAAGGAGUGUUGCCAUUCCCAAAAUUCUGGGCAUCCACAAGACCAUUUGGUACACCAAUCGGACCGUAUAUGGUUAAAUGGGCUGUCACAGUUAUAAUGAUCUUGGCACCUCCGGCGGGCGAUGCGUUCAACUUCAUCACAGACCUGCAGACUUAUCCGGCUGCUGCGUUCGCUUUUACUAUGUCGGUGGGAUUGUACGUGGUGCGCUACCGGCGUAAGAAGUUGGGGGUCCCAAGAAGUGAAUUCCGAGCGUGGGACGCUGCUGUGGUGUUUACAAUUCUGCAGAAUCUGUACUUGCUCAUCAUGCCUUGGUAUCCUCCAACAGGAGGAGCAACAGGUGGAGAUGUCAGCUUCUGGUAUGCGACUUACUGCGUCACAGGGAUUGGAAUUCUUCUGCUCUGUGGAGUGUAUUACUACUUGUGGUUGUAUGUGCUGCCCAGAUGGGGCAAGUACCGCAUCAAACAAGAAGUCGUAGUUCUGGAAGAUGGAUCAAGCACCAACUCGCUAGUCAGAGUAGCAUUGAGCGACUUGGAGCAGUGGCGCCAGGCCCAUGAUGCAGCAGGCAGAUUGGUUGUGACGGGUGUUGAGGUCGAAGCGAAGAACGAGGGCCGCUCCGGACAGGUGUAG